GCCAUGCCGGCGCGCGCGCUGCUGCUGGCCGCGCUGGCCGCGCUGGCGCUGGCCCAGGAGCCCCCGGCGGCGCAGUGCCCGGCGCGCUGCGACGUGUCGCGGUGCCCGAGCCCGCGCUGCCCCGGCGGCUACACCCCGGACCGCUGCAAGUGCUGCCUGGUGUGCGCGGCCACCGAGGGCGAGGCCUGCGGCCGCCCCUUCGACCCGCCGUGCGGGGAGAGCCUGGAGUGCCGGCGCGGCGCGUGCCGCUGCCGCUGGGCGCAGCCGGUGUGCGGGAACGACGGCAGCACCUACACCACCCUGUGCGCGCUGCUGGCCGCCAGCCGCCGCGCCCUGCUGCUCUCGCGGCCGCCCGUGCGCCAGCUGCACAAGGGCGCCUGCUCCUCGGGUGCCCUCCAGCCUGGCAGCCCACGCUACAAGUUCAACUUCAUCGCUGACGUCGUGGACAAGAUUGCGCCGGCCGUGGUGCACGUGGAGCUGUUCCUGAGACACCCGCUGUUCGGCCACAACGCGCCAGUGACCAGCGGCUCCGGCUUCCUGGUGUCGGACAAUGGGCUCAUCGUGACCAACGCGCACGUGGUGAGCACCAGCAACUCCGUGUCGGGCCGGCAGCAGCUGAAGGUGCAGCUGCAGAGCGGGGACACGUAUGACGCCGCCAUCCAGCACAUAGACGAGAAGGCCGACAUCGCCACCCUCAAGAUCCACCCGAAUAAAAAGCUCCCGGCACUGCUGCUGGGCAGCUCGGCGGACCUGCGGCCAGGGGAGUUCGUGGUGGCCAUCGGCAGCCCCUUCGCCCUGCAGAACUCGGUGACCACCGGCAUCGUCAGCACCAACCAGCGGGACGGCCGGGAGCUGGGCCUGCCCGACUCGGACAUGGACUACAUCCAGACGGACGCCAUCAUCAACUACGGGAACUCGGGGGGUCCCCUGGUGAACCUGGACGGUGAGGUCAUCGGCAUCAACACGCUCAAGGUGGCAGCUGGCAUCUCCUUCGCCAUCCCCUCCGACCGCAUCAUGCUCUUCCUGGCCGAGGCCCAGAACAAGCAGGGCAAAGACUGGAAGAAGCGCUUCAUCGGCAUCCGCAUGCGAACCAUCACCCCAAGCUUGGUGGAGGAGCUCAGGACCAGCAACCCGGACUUCCCCGCCGUCAGCAGUGGCAUCUACGUGCAGGAGGUGUCUCCCGACUCCCCUUCUGGCAGGGCAGGCAUACAGGAUGGCGACCUGAUCGUCAAGGUGAACGGGCGCACCCUGGGGGACCCGAGCGAGCUGCAGGAGGCCGUGCUGAGCGAGGAGCGCCUCCUGCUGGAGGUGCGGCGCGGGAACGAGGACCUGCUCUUCAGCAUCGCGCCCGAUGUGGUCCUGUGACGCCUCCUUGCCUGCCCCACGUGGGCCGGUGACGCCUCCCAGAUCCGUGGGAUCAGGACAGAGCAGAGACAGAGCCGGCCCAAGCCCGGGGACAGUUCCGCAGGAUAUGGCCGGGCCCCCCAGCUGGACCCUGGGGUCCAGCCCCCGCGGUGGUGCCUGUGAGGACAGCCCCCACCCAGGCCACCCGAGUUCUCGGAACGGCGCCCUCAGAUGCCUGCUGAGCUGUGCCCCUGUCCGCCGGCACCUGGCGGGCCGUCCCCGUGGCUGGGCCGGCCGAGACGGGGCGCUUGGAUGGAGAUGAGUGCCCGCUCGCUGGGGUCCGUCCCGGGCCGUGUCUGCACGGACUGUAUGUUUCUCUACUGUACAGAAUUAAAGUUU